CCACCACUAAAAAUUGAUGUGAAAUCCAUCUGCACUACAUUCCAUUUUCUUUCGUUGUUAUCGAAAUUCUCAGUUCGUCUUCGUCCUAGUGCAAAUAACAAAUUUUACUUAUUGCAAAUUUCUGUAGAAAUUGGAAAUACAUAUUGAACAAUUGCGUGUUUGUUUGUGCAUUUGUUUGAGUGUAAGGACGCAAGGAGGGAACAAGAUAAAAAUUGCCAUGCCUGCAUCUUCACAUAUUAAUUCAACCGAAAGGUGUUUUAAGUAUGUAAACUCUGAUGAAUGGGUUACAAGUGGAAAGAUUGGUUCCCGUGAAGCUGUGUUAGUGUUCCGCACCAAUAUUUUAAAUCCAAAGACAAGAAAAUUGAUACUUGAAGCAGCACCACAACAAUCGAAGACAGGGGCAGAUAGCCCCAGUGCUGUAUCUACUCCGAACGAAACAAUUCAUAAAACAUCAUCCUCACCAACCGUCAGUAAAACACAAUCAAAUUAUACAAAUCAAGGCAAAAUAUUUGUGGCCGUGGAAAAAACAGUAACAAAUUGCAAAGAAUUAGUUAAUCAUAGAAAUCCAAUUAAGAAAUCUUUAGAUGCAUUCUCGUCAAGCGACGCAUCUGUUUCCAGCGAUGGGGAUGAAACUAUUCAAUACAACGAAACUAAAUCGAGAAAACCUCAUAAAAGUAAAAAUACGUCAAUCAUCGAAAUCGAGGUCAAUUUAAAUAAGGAAAGUGGCUAUGAGUCUGCAACGACAUCACAAUCUAAUACCGAGAUCAACACUAGUGAAGAAGAUCAUGAGGCGUCGAGUGAGGAAGACAACGAAUGUGGAAUCAAUAUGCCCGCGCAUCAGUUGAAAAUCACGUAUAAGUUCAUUCAAACCGAAACCAAAUUGCUACGCAAAAUAUUCAAUGUUCAUGGUUUAACCGAAGUUCAAGGUGAUUCGAAUUUUAAUUUGUUGUGGACAGGUGUUCAUAUGAAACUUGAUACGCUUCGUAACUUGGCCUUGUAUCAGCGGGUAAAUCAUUUUCCGAGGUCUUAUGAGUUAACCCGAAAAGAUAGACUUUAUAAGAAUAUUGAGCGCAUGCAGCACUUGCGGGGAAUGAAACACUUCGACAUAGUACCUCAGUCUUUCAUUCUACCUCUUGAAAUUCGAGAUUUGAUAUUUGCACAUAAUAAACAUCGAGGACCUUGGAUUGUUAAACCAGCAGCAUCCAGUAGGGGACGUGGCAUCUUUAUUGUCAAUUCGCCCGAUCAAAUUCCACAGGACGAACAAGUUUUAGUAUCGAAAUAUAUUGUGGAUCCUCUUUGCAUUGAUGGUCACAAAUGCGACUUGAGAGUUUACGUUUUGGUAACAUCAUUUGACCCCCUUAUAAUCUAUCUUUAUGAGGAGGGCAUUGUGCGAUUGGCAACUGUUAGAUAUGACAGGAAUGCGGACAACUUGUGGAAUCCUUGCAUGCAUCUUUGCAACUACAGCAUCAACAAAUAUCAUUCCGAUUACAUACGAUCAUCGGAUGCACAAGACGAAGAUGUUGGUCACAAGUGGACCUUGUCGGCGCUUUUACGACAUCUCAAACUUCAGGGGUGCGACACUCAUCUGCUAAUGUUAAAUAUUGAGGAUUUGAUAAUUAAGGCGGUUCUUGCCUGUGCCCAAACAAUCAUUUCCGCGUGCCGAAUGUUUGUACCUAAUGUGAACAACUGCUUUGAGCUGUAUGGAUUUGAUAUUUUGAUUGAUAAUACACUUAAACCAUGGUUAUUGGAAGUGAAUCUAUCACCGUCUAUGGGCGUUGAUAGUCCCCUCGAUACGAAGGUAAAAGCCUGUCUUGUUACUGAUUUGUUAACUUGUGUCGGCAUCCCAGCAUUCACACCAGAAAUGCGGACACAUUACGAUGGAAAAUCAUCACGACUUCGGAGCUCAAGCUGUCAAAGACAAGUAGAUACAAGUGAAUCCGCACUUCGAUCGACAAAAUCCAAAAAGAAACCUGUGAUUCCAUUAACACAAGAGGAGCAGCGCAUUUUGAGAAGUGCCCGCUUACAGUACACUCGACGUGGAGGUUUUGUUCGCAUAUUCCCAACUGACGAUACUAUGCAACGUUAUGGAAACUUCUUGGAUCCUGCCAAUGGUAUCCCCAUAUCCACACCAAAUGUCCAAGGCCAAACGUUCCAAACAUUAGUCACACAACACAAUUAUAACCAAAUGCUGCACUCGAACCUAUUCGGUUCGGGACCACGAAGUGCGAAGGAUGACAACUCUCAGGAAAAUCGAAUCAAGCAAUACGAGCGCGCUUUGGAAACGGAUUCAGAAAUUCCUUUUCUGAAGAAGCAAAUCGUUGAGAAGUGUGAGGAGGAAGGCAGACGACUGCGCAAACAAAUGUUGAAGAAAAUCACUAGUGGCUCAACAUUGACACAUUUUCAAGCGCGUCAGACUUUCAGUUUGUAUUUAGAGUCGGUUUUACGACGAUUAACCCAAGACCCAAAAGAUAGUCAUGAGAAAAUCAUAAUUAAGUUCUUAACCAAAUAUGGCGGAGGUGUAAAACCACCAGUAUUGUUUAAGAAUUCUCAAAACAUAAGCAAGGCUCGCUCAGCCAUGGUAGCGAAAUUGUUGGGAGAUUUUCUCGAAUUAUACCGAAGAGAUACUGAGGCAUAUAUUGACUCGUUUGACCAUUUUGGCAUGAUACCAACCAAUGCCUACAGCCUGUUUUUAAUGCACGCUCAAGAAUCCGACUUGGAGGCAGUCCUCACACAUCAUACGAAUGUCACAGGGAUUAUGCCCUUUUUAUAUAACCGAUGUGGACUAUCAGUUCCAGCAACACCCCCCAUUCCGUCCGGCUUACAUGGUUUUCUUAGAGCACUCCCAGCAAUGGUGACGUCUUAUGGAAUGUCAAGAGAAGUUAGCAAGUAUGAUGGGUAUAUUAAAAACUGCGAUAAAAAUUGUGAAAAUGUACAAGAUAUAUCAUUAAGGUCGAGAAGCACAAGGGAUUCCAAAUAAGAAUUUUUACAACUUAUAAGCUUAAGACAUAACAAUUUUUCCAAUGAUUUUCGAUUACAAAAUUUCUCGCAUUCAGAAUAGGCUUAUAAUACUAGUAAAUAAAAUACAAUAUAAGACUUUUUAUUAUGCAUACUAGUUUGCUAAUAUUAGUAUUCAACGGCAUUCUACAAAAUAUUCAAAAUUGAAUCAAGUAUUAUUUUGGCAAAUCAAGUAUAUUUUUUUUUAUUGGAUAUUCAAUUGCCAUUGCUUUCUACAAGAGUAUUUCAAAUUCUGUGUGUAGUGAUAAAGAAGUAUGAAAAGCUAUCUUUGGCCAGCCGAAGAUAUUAUAAUUUUAAGUAAUUUGAUCUAAUUUGCUUAAGAUGAACGGAACUGAACCUUAAAGAUAGGUAAAGAACAAAAUGUUAAAAUACAAGAACUAAUCUUGAAUCGCUAGUUCCUAUGACAGCUGUGUGAUAUAGUAGGCCACAUUUGGUAAACUUUAGUCAGCAUCUAUAUGAUGCAAACUAGCAUAAAUUGCAUUUUACAUCGUUCAUCGGGCAACAACUCAUUUUUCGACCCUUCAUUCUUAAAACAAUUGUACGAUAUAUUAAAACUGAUGCUGGUCAAGAAAUGUGAUUUAGAUUGGAUGGGUUUCGCCGGAGCCAAAUCGCGGACAUAUAUUACGCAAAAUUUUGGAGCGUAGUGUGCCUUAAAAAAUGUCUAGAAACUGAAAUUGCUUUUAAAUUAAUAUUUGUAGUCACAAAAAUAGGCAAAUUAUCUACUUUACUGGGAAGUAAUUCGAAUAUGUAACGUCUUUAAGAAUCACUUCCCACAUUUUCUUUGCAUAUCGCGCUUGAUUCAAUAGGGGCCUUAAAGAAUAUGCAACGAGUUUCUUAAUAUUACCCCUCAGAAUUCUGAUGUACGCUUCAACUUUUAUUCUCAAUAUUACCUCAAAGAAUAUGGUCCUAUUCAUCUUCAGUACCCUUAUCAUAAUAUAUAUUUAUUAAUUUAUUUAAAUACUAAUAAAAUGUGAAAAAUUACAAUUUUUAAUUGUGUAUAGGAUAUAAAAGCGAAUUUAUGGAUAAACAAAAACCAAGAAAAAACUAACACGAAGCCAAAUAGUGGAACUCACAGUUCUUACAUGCUACUUUUAGCUCAAUUGUUUUGUUACAAACAUUUUCCUUUUAAUAUUUAUGUUUUCACAAAUUUCAUUAAAGUUUUUUACAAGAUUAA